GGUGCGCAACUAACAAGGGCACCAGGUUCACUGAAUCCGCCUCUGAUAUUAGGCGCUGACUUCCCUGCGCACUCAAACGUCUGGCCUCUCCGUACGUCACUGAGCUCGGCUCCACCCACAACCCGCCUGCUUAUCCCGUGGCUUCGGGUGACAAAGUGAGAAGUCGGACUGAAGCAGCCGCUAUGGCUCCCGCACUUGUGUUUGACUCCUUGUCAUGGGCCGGGAGAGCCGCCCGGAGCGUCGACGCUCACACCUCUAUUGAUCCCAACGCGAGUUCGGGGAAUGAAAAUACAGGAACCGUCAACGACAUCCCCAGCAACACUGAAUAUGUGGCUUUUGUGUUGGUGCCCGUUUUCUUCAUCAUGGGUCUUGUGGGAGUGCUCAUCUGCCAUUUGCUCAAGAAGAAGGGCUAUCGCUGUACUACUGAGGCUGAGCCUCCUCCAGUGGAAGAAAAAAUAGUAGGAGAAAAAAUUGAGAUGCAUGAAAGCAACGGGGACACAAAUACUGACACCGUUGGACACAUUGUCAACUUCAUAAUGAAGAAUGAAGCUAAUGCUGAUGUUCUGAAGGCCAUGGUGGCAGACAACUCCGUAGUUGGGGAUACAAGUGUUUUUGAUCCCGAGAGCCCUACUACUCCAAACACACCGACUAGUCCUCUACCUCCUGACACUCCUAUUAGUCCUACCUCUCCUACUGAAACUCCCUCCAAGCAUUCCUGCCGUGGCUCCCAUCUUCACACCGUUGGAGGAGUGGCGGAAAGGAACGUGUGCUCUCGCUGCACCAACAAAAGAUGGCACUUGAUAAAGUCGCCACAAAAACAUAAAGAGCCACGAAGAAGCCACCAAGGAGCAGUGACUGUUCUGUCUGUGGGAAGGUUCAGGGUCACCAAAGUGGAACCCAAGUCAAAAGAAAGAAAGAGGUUAAUGGCAGACAGGACGGAAGCUACAAAUGGAGAGAUCCCUGUCACUCCGGUUAGAGUGGAUACCAGGCAGAGAAGUGGCACAGACUCAGAGCCUCAAAGUCCUGUAGACACCUGAGGAGAUGGAACUCUCCAGCCAUUACACUGAGAUUGUCCAAACAACAAAGCUAUUUUAGGGGGCUCUGCCUGGAUGGAGUUCUUCAGUUACAUAAAAGCAGAGCUUACUUGACUAUUUACCAGAUGGAGCACCACACCUCUCAACUUCUGAGCUUUUAAAUGGAACACUGCACCUACAUAAAGAAAUUGAUUUAGAACGGCUUUCUGUACAAAUAGAAGUAUUUUCAAGAUUCAGGGUUGCUGGGCAGGAAGUUGCUUUUCUUCUAGUUAGUAUAGUAUAGUUAGUAUGUAGCUACUGUAUCUGCAUUUUUGACAUUUUUCCCCAUGAGCUAUUAUCUGUUGUGUCUGCUGGAAACACAAAAAAAAGGAAAAAAACAAAAAAUGCAUACAUCACCUGUAACGGGCAGGUGUUCGGCCACAUAUUUCUAUACACAAAACAAACCAAACACUAAAAACACAAAUGUGUACGUUAUAUACUAACUUUCGGUGGCACGCCUAGGGUUUCUGGAAGAACCGCAGGAGCUGCAUGUAAACAUCUAACAACAAAAGUGCAGCGACAGUCUAUAGGAGAAAGCAAACACCGAAGUGCCCUCUGAGUAAAUAAUGUUUAUUCAACCUUAUUUUCAAGGAUACACAUCACGCGGACUUCAUAGUCUAAAAUGCAAAGUCUCAGAUUCACUUUCAUCCCUUCCAGGGUUUUAUGCUAGUUCAUAGCUACCUUUCCUCUGUGCCCAAACCUCACUUGCUCUUUCAUGUGUUUGUCUUCCUUUCUUGCCCCAAAUUGUGUCUGUACCAAUGUGUUACAGGCCAGUUGCACUUGGUGGGUGCUACAAAGAAACUAUUCAGAGAGUUUCAUAUCUUGAGUCUCUACUUUUGCGUUAACCCUCUUACAAGGCAAUGUUAGAUUCUGGCACACAGAACUGAACAUAUUAACACAAAGAGGACUAUUUAUUAAAAGUAGAAUUUUAGUGGUUUUAAAGGUUUUUGAAACCACGACUAAACUCACUUUCUCUAAAACCAUGAAUGUCAUAAUUUAAAAAAAAAAUAUAUAAACUUUUAGCACAAACAGGAAAAGUCGCAAAAACUGUGUUUUUCGUAUUGUUGCAUUGAAAAGCCCAAUCCAAAAAGUCGUGGCUUAAUAAAUCGGCCCAGAGAGCAUCACAAAAAUCUAGGAUAGAUUGUUUUUUUUUUUUUUUAAAGGAUUUCUUUUUUAUUAAACAUUUUCCAUUAAUACAGAACACAGUUCUGCUCUGGAUUUACUAUGCCCCUGGACUAAUCAGCUAGUAUAAUACAACGUUUACAUGGACAGUUUGUAUGGAGUGUGGUUCAUCAGGCAUAAACCACGGCAGCAGUAUUUUGUCAUAACUUUAUAAUAAAGAAAAAAAAAAAUCUAAAAAGAACAGGAAUAGUGGUAUAGGUAUAGGAUCCGUUAUCCGGAAACCCAUUAUUCUCCGAUUUAAGGAAAGGCCUUCUCUCAGACUCCAUUUUAUCCAAAUAAUCCAAAUGCUUGAAAAUUAUUUUCUUUUUCUAUGUAAUAAUAAAACAGUACCUUGUACCAAUCAUUGUAGAGACCAGCAGAGAAAUAUACCCUAUAAUUGUCCUCUAAAGGUAAGGAACAGGAAGAGCAUUUUAGCUCAUCUAGGUGCCAGAUUUUUCAUGGGGUAGAUAUACACCUUCUCCUACAGUGAGAGCAGCAAUACACAUGGAUUAGGAUAGCCACAAUGGGUUUAUGCAAAUGACAGACAAAGCGAAACCAUUUGAUCAGAACAGAAACUGCUCAAUCUAUGCCUGGACGGUCAAGAAAGUGACAAAUGAGAGAGCAAAACAGAUAUUUAGAGACUAGUUUAGCAUGAUGGGUUGAAACAGACAAGGCCCAUCAAGUAAAGAAUGGCAAUCACUGUUAUAGGUUAUGGAUUGUCUAGAGCUCUGUACUUUGCUUCAGGUCUAGCAACACAAUAGAGGUUUGCUUUUUCAACGGGUGACCAGUAAAGGCAACCUACCCAUAAAAAGGAAGAAGUUGUGUUUGUCAAACUUAUCAUUGGUAUUGAUGACAGUGGCUGAAAUGUGCCCAUACUAUGCGUUCAAAUAGAUGGCGAUAGUACAGGACAAUGAAACUUUGUAUUACCGCACACCUCCUUCCACUUUUUCUGCGUAGUGGUGCUGGUCCACCGUUGACCUUGCCUGGUCACCUUAAUGCUUUGUAUUCUCGAAAAACGGUCCGCACACACCAAUGUUGCAGUCGGGGAUAGUGCCCCUUUUAUUAAUGCCACCAACAAUAAAUAUUCAACGUUUCGGGGGGACACAGCCUCCCUUCUUCAGGAUAAAUUUACAAAGUGCACAGUGCCAUAUUCUUAUACCCUUGACUCCUCCCAUCUCAUCUGUGUAACACCUCAUUAGUAUCAAUCAUGUGAUUAACCCAUUCAGUUCAUUUAAGUAUAAUUACAGUGUAAAUCAUGUUUUCAAUAAUAUUACAUAUAUUUUUCAUUACUUAGUGGAAAACAUUUCUUUCAACCAAUAAAAAACAUUUUUUACUCACUGCCCCUGGUUGCGUUUUUACUUUAGCUUUAAUAUUUGGAAAAUCUUAACACCACUCUUGUGCAAUUGGGCUAUCAUGAUACUUCAUCUGUGAAGGAAAAGGGUGAUUGUAAAAAUUAUUAAAAAGUGUAUAAAUAUCUAAAAAACCUACAAAACCACAUAUAUUACAAAUAACAUGUUAAGUUAAAAUCUUCAUUGAGGCCUUUAGGCGAAAGUGUUUUCAGACGCCAAAUCCAAUAUGCUUCUCUCCUCAAUAAUGAUUUUUUAAAAUCAACACCUGCAUUUUUAUAAAUAACUUCUAAAACUUGCCAUCUUAUUUGGGAGACAUUAUGUUUCACAUUAUAAAAGUGUCUAGCUAGUAGGGUUUCUCUUUUGUAUUUCUCUUUACUUCUUUUAUCUUUAGGAUCAG